AUGGAAAGCUGUCCUCAAAAGUUGGCCUCGCGUUUAACUAAAUUAAUGACCCUAACUAAGAAUGCCCACCGAUAUGUAGAGAGUAGGCCCCGACAGAGAGGCCUUACUCCCGUGAGAUGUGUUGGGUUUCCCUCGCCAAACGGACCAAAUGCGGGAAUACCUGUAAUACCAAUACCUAAUGUUGUCCUAACAAGAAUAGACAACAUAACGGCAACCAUAACACCUGGCCGUAUAGUUAGUGAGGUAGUAGGAGUGGUGGAACCCGUGGAAUCAAAUAUAGCCGGUCCGUCUAGUGCUGGCCCGAGUAUCGUUCUGUCAGAUAUAGCAGGCCCGACGCCCACGGUCCCCCAUACUUGUGUGGACAUUAAUGGCGUGCGCAGAGUGCCUAUAGGAAAAGGCAAGGCCAAAACUCGGCUCAGAAAAGCGACGAUGCCUAAGAGACGUAGUGGAAUCACUGUUCCACGGGUCCCGCCGCCACCCGAGACUAACCCGAGACGCAAGAAGCGCAAAAACCGAGUCCUGAAGGACAUUAAGGACCUCCAAAAGACCACCCACACUCUUAUUAAAAAGUUGCCGUUCCAGAGAUUGGUCCGCGAAAUCGCCCCACAAUUUAUGGUCGGUGUCCGCUUCCAAUCAGCGGCUAUCGGUGCCUUGCAGGCCACUAUUGAGAGCUACAUAACGGACCUGUUUACCGACGCGGGUCUACUAGCGAAACAUGCGGGCCGGGUGACUGUAAUGCCCAGGGACAUACAGGUGGCCCGCCGUUUAAACACCAACCAAAACCUUUUGUAUUAA